AAGCUUGGAGCUUUCUCUCUCCUCCUCUCUCUUUCUAGAAAAUUAAAUAAACCUCGCGACUACGAACAGCUUUUGUGAUUAUUUGCUUUUCAUUUCGCUGCCUCCCGCGCUCUCCCGCUUAUCCCUCAAUCGCGUAUUAGCUUCGCCUCCUCUGAAACCCUAAUCCCCUUCUUCUCUCCCAAAUCCAAAAUCCAUAUCCAAAUUGCUCUUACUCCGACCCGCUUUAACGUCUCUGAAGUUUCAACACUCGAAUAGUACAUAUAUAAUUCUGGUGAGGCUUUCUGGUUUUCAGUUUCAAUUGCGAAAGAUUAUAUCUUUAGCUGGAAUGAAAUACAUGUGUUUCUGGGUAUAAUUGGCUUCGAAUCAAGACUCGAGCUGUUUCUGGCUCUGCCCAAGUUUUUAAUCUUCACUAAUCACAUAGUUUUUGGUGAUAUCUAUUUACUUUAGUAGUUCAAUGAUUCAAGAUUCAAUUUCAUACUAGUGUGGUUAUCACUGAUCAGAGAGUUGAUCUCGGGGGUUCUUUGUUCUUUCUUCAUAGGGUUUGAUAGUUGAUUUCAAAUUCAAGGCUUAUCGACGUUAUCGUCCUAGUUUAGAAUUCAAUUGCUACAAUAAAUUUGCUAGUGUAUUUAGGAAAACGGGUUUUUAUCACAAACAAUCCUUUAUGUUUUACCAACUCAUCAGUUUGGUCCUUUAUUCGUCCUUUAUGUAUUGACUCACACAUCGAUGUAGUCCUUACUGUAAGACUCCUUUAAAAAUUCUGUUAAGAUGCUUCUGUGUGUGCUUUUUGACCACUUGUAUGGUGUGUUUAUGUGAUAAUCUGAUCUAAAAAUUGGUGAUUGAAAUGCGUACUAUGGUUUCCUUUCGAAUUUAAAGUUCUGAUAUAUUGUUUUUCUUUGAGACUUUGACAAUUGAAGCACAGGAUUGGCAUCUGCAGUAAUAGGGUGAACUUUAUUCUAUUAACGUUGGUGUGGACGUUCCUGGUUUUUGUCCUGUAUGUGUGUGUAUUUGUAGCCGAAUAAUUUUAAAGUUCCAUGUAUGUAUAUCUGGACUGUCAUGGUUCUGGUAUAACUUUUGCAAUGUGAUUUGCAGGUAGAUCUUAGAAAUGGCAAAAGGCAGCCGGGGACGACGCAGAAUUGCUUCCCGACGAUACAGACCAACUCCAUAUCCAUUGCGGAACAGUCAAGAUCUAUUGGAGGAUCUGUGCUCGAAGAAAUGCAGAGAUUUGGAAAAAAAAGACUGGGAGGAUGCAACAUGUUCCGUGUGCAUGGAGUAUCCUCACAAUGCUGUUCUUCUCCUUUGUUCUUCUCAUGACAAAGGUUGCCGUCCCUACAUGUGUGGAACUAGUUUCCGACAUUCCAAUUGUCUUGGCCAGUACAAGAAAGCUUAUACUAAAAUUGUGUCAUCUGAUCUUGGACAACCAUUGCUUGGCUCCAACAACGAUCCAAUUAUGGUAACAGAUGCUGGAUGGCCAGUACAAAAGUGUGAAGUCACGGAACUUGCAUGCCCCCUCUGUAGGGGCCAGGUGAAGGGCUGGACUGUUCUUGAACCAGCACGAGAUUAUCUAAAUACAAAAAGGAGAAGCUGCAUGCAAGAAAAUUGUUCAUUUGUCGGAAAUUACAAGGAGCUUAAAAGGCAUGUGAAGGAAGAGCACCCCUCUGCACGCCCACGAGAAGUGGAUCCAGACCUCGAAGAGAAAUGGAGAAGUCUUGAACAUGAGCGUGAGACGAACGAUCUGAUGAGCACAAUCCAGUCUUCCAUGCCAGGUGCAAUGGUUUUUGGAGAUUAUGUAAUUGAAAGAAAUAAUUAUGGUUUGGAUAUGGACGAAGAGGAUGGUGGCUUUAAUGCAGAUGCUCCAGAAAGAAAUGGGGGGUUCGGGCUGGGAUUCGAUGGCAAUCUGGUGAACUUCUUUUUCCUAUUACAUGCAUUUGGGCCAUCAAGGACUGACCUGACAAGACGUCUAAGACCGCCUGAGAGGGCCUUCCACCACUCAUUGGACAACAGUGCUGCUGGCAUCCGGCACACAACUCCUGUUGGCGGUUUGGAUUCCUCUGAUCAAGAUGAAGAGAAUGAUAGUGAUGGUGAUGAUGACGGCGGUGGCAUGUCAUUCGCGAGCCGCCUUCGGCGUCAUGGCAGGGUGUUGUUGGGACGUUCUGGGAGGAGACGUAUGCGUAGAGAAGGAAACAGUGAUGAAAGAUAAGGAAGUUAGGAACACUUGUUUAGGCACACAAAUUUAGUAGUGAUUGCACAAAAACAGAAGUUAUGAUUUUAACUUUCUCGGAUUUGCAUUGGAUUUAAGUCUCAUUGAAAUUGAAUGGCUGUAAAAAAGGAAAAUGGAGAUGAAGUUGUUCCUUUUCCCUUUGUUCUGUUGUGUAAUAUAUUUUCAAAAUCUAAUUUUACUUCUUACUUUUUA